AUGCUCAAGCAACUAGCCUUCAUUGCUUAUCUCGCUGUACUGCCGAAUGCCUGCGCCUUCGACAGAAGCUCGAAGCGGGGUCUCGCAUGGCCCAACGCAAAUUGGGUUCCCUUAUCCGGCUUCACCGCCCCCUCGUCCCGCAUAUCGUCCUACUACAACUGGGGUCCGGCACCUCUGCCGCCGACACCCACGAAUCCGAAUCCCUUCCCCUUCAUACCGAUGCUAUGGGGCUGUACGCCCGACUAUGUCGACCCUUUCCUCUCGGCUCUCUCCCGGAACUGGGACGGGCAAAAUCUGAUCACCGAUAAGGCCAUACUGGGUUUCAACGAGCCGAACCUUGCGGCUCAGGCGAACUGCUCGCCGGGGGAUGCGGCGGAAGUCUGGAGAAGGGUACUGCAGCCACUCAAAAAGAAGGGGUAUAGGCUCGGCAGUCCAGCCGUCACGAACGGGGAGGAUGGGCGGCAGUGGUUGGACGCGUGGUGGGCGGCCUGUCAGGGAGGGUGUGAUCCAGACUUUAUGACAGUGCAUUGGUAUGAUGUCGAUCCAGGGAAGUUUAUGAACUUCGUCAAAGAUUACUGGUCCGCCUACAGACGUCCAAUAUGGGUUACCGAGUACGCCCCUACCAACUUCACCUUCUCGUCAGCCGGCACCCUCAUCGGCGAACAACCCUCCUACCCCCAGAUCCAGCGCUUCAUGGACAUUACUAACUUAUGGAUGGACGUCGUUGACUAUGUCGAGCGGUUCUUCUGGUUCGGCGCCAUGUACGAGAUGCAAGGGGUAGUGGAGGAUGCUACGCUGUUCGACCCGCGCGGCAAACCCAGUCGAACGGGUGCUCUGAGCUCUCUUGGGGUGCAGUACGCCGGAUCGAACGGCACUGCAAUCGGCGCGCAGGGAUCAGACGGUGGUACUAGGCCAAGAUGGGAGAGCGGGGUGUGGGCAAGGGUACAGACCGGCAAUGGAAGCUUGGGCGGCUGGAUCUUUGGGACGUUUAUAAGUCUUUAUGUCGCCAUGAUGGAGGGCUGGAGUUGA